AUGGCAGGUGACCCCUCAAAACGCAAUCAGAACCUAUAUUGUGUGUAUCACCAAGAGCCCGGCCACGUCAUGGACGAAUGUAGGAAUCUGAAGAACUAUGUGGAUCCACUCGUCCGAGAAGGAAAGUUAGGGCAUCUGUUGCAACGCCCUGAGCAGUCAAAUGUCGAUACCAGGCAAAGCACCUUGAGGCCACCUAUCGGCACGAUAAAUGUCAUUCUUGCCGCACCUGGGAGAACCGGAUCCGGCCCAUUCAGAGUAAUGUCAGUAGGUAGGUUCCCGACAGAGCCAGGCGAAAGGGAAUUCAAGAGGGCUAGAGGGAGAGUGCCAUUAAUUGGAUUCACGGAAGAGGACAAGGAGGGAACUAUUCAGCCCCAUGACGACGCCCUAGUCGUGACACUCAGAAUAGGAGGUUAUGACGUGAGGAGGGUGUUAGUUGAUCAGGGCAGCGCCGUGGAGGUGAUGUACCCGGACCUAUAUAAAGGGCUGAAUUUAAAAGCAGGAGGACCUGUCGCCAUACAAUACUCCUCUGCUUAG